AAAAAAAAGGACACCUUAACCUCCGUCCAAAGCAUCGCCUCCACACACCCAGACACCUCCACCACAUCCCCACCCCCAUCAUCCUCUUGGCGCUCAAAACUGCACCUGCACCUGCACCGCUCCAGCAGCCCGCCCGAGCCCGGAAAGGAAAAGUGGCGGGAUGCGACACUGAGUGAAAAGGAGCGGUGGAAAGAUUGGAACAAGGCAAAGGAUAAGGAGCAGAUGAGAGGAUCGACGAUUGGGGCUUUUACUGAGUUUUACAAGGGAAAGGGGAAGACCGGGUAUUGGCUUGAUAUUAGUGACUGA